UCUUACAGUGAGUCUUACUCAACAAAACACUCAAACUGGUGCAAAGUCAAACGGCUAGCUGCAUAAAAUGGUAAAUCUUCAGCAGUGCUUUAAGACUAUCGGAGAUUUGUUAACUUUUGUUUUUUGGUAAACGGAGUAUAGAAUGUUCGAGAAAAACGUUUGGCGGUACGGCGCCGUGGAUGUGCAGUAUGACAACGGGUUGAUGCUGCAUGGUCUAAUCAGCGAUGUAGACAAGGUCCGCGGUUUUAUCGUUAACUUCGGAUGCCCCAGUCAGAAUGCGGAUUUCAUUCCUCGCGCCAAGUGCUCGGAUCAGGUUAAGAAAACUGAAUUCACUAUUGCGGAUCGAGUGGAAACCCUAUGCCAGCCCGCAGCAGACCAGCCCUGGCGCUGGUACCCCUCCAAGCUCCUCAACGACCCACAGCAAGGAUACGCUUUUGUUGACAUCGAGAUGGGUGGCAUUGUUGUUCGCAAAGUGGUGCCAGUGGAGAGGGUACGGAAAAUUUGUUCUACGACACCACUGAAAGUGGUACGGAAAUAUCACAAGCAUGCGGUGCGAUUGUCAGAAAAACAACGGGAGAUGCUUUCAGCACGUCCGAAGGAGUUCUUCGAGAAGUGGAAUAAAUGCACGAAGACGUUCGGGCUGCGUGCAGAAGAAGGGAUGUUGGUGUACAUUUCUACAAAAACAACGCCAGUGGCAGAUAAGGAUUCCAAAAGACAUCUGUUCUACAUCGACAGUGAGUUGCGGAAUUCGGUUUCGCGAGGGGUUAAACGGAAUAAUGUCGGCGAAAUAGUUACUGCAUCGGACGAAUCAACCGUGGCACCUGGAAAAUCACAGCUUUCCAUCAACACUUGCUUGGCGGCGGAAUUAUUAUGCGAAAUCUUCUCCUACGUCGACGUGUUUCAGCACGCGAAAGUACGUCGAGUGUGCCGCGUAUGGGAAGCAGCGCUACAAUUAUCUCCACCCGUUCCCUCGGUGGUAAUUCCUGGAUCGCACUACGACGGGCAUAGGCUGGCCUCGGUGCUCAGUGAAACAGUCACACGUUCCACUAAACUCUUAGCCCUAACGAAUAAACAUCGACUGGCUCCACGCUACGAUGAUUCCAUAGGACGGUUACGGACCGUUAUCGCUAUGCUCAAGGCGAUGAAGAUCAGAAUCCCCGUGAUUGUUGUAUCGGACAGUAUUGUGUGGGGCAAUCUUCUGCUGGAUUAUUCUGAUCCGAAGCGAUUGGCAUUUUAUCCCCAAUGGCGGGAUGUCUGUGAGAAGUUGGUGCUGAAGGAGGUGGCAGUGCGGGGGCUGAUGGAAGCCCAGUAUCCGGAAGACGCGAAUGGUGCCGCUAGGCGAAAGGGCAUUGUCAACCGGUUUGUAGACAGAGGCUGGGGCGUCACCGUUACGGUGACAGCAGGGUCCAUCAGCAUGAAAGGCAGCGCCCAGCUGAAGACGUUGCUGGAUUUACUGGAGAAGACUUGCCCGGAAAUGACGAUCCAGCGUCUUCGUAUGUUGAGACCGGUCGUAGGCAUGGGAUUCGCCGGGGAUGGAAUUUUGACGGUGUUGCGGAAGUGGCAGCUUGGCGAUAAACGAUUCACUCACGACUUUCCAAAAGGGCAGAGCCCCCUGACCGGAACGAGUGCAGAAGGAUUGCGGUCGUUGAAGAAAUUAACGCUGUGGGCAUUGUGGUAUCACAUGAAAGAGAACGAUCUGGACAUGUGAAGGACUCAAAAAUCAGGAAAGGAAAAAUCGUAUGAAGCAGCUUUUAAGGUAUUGUUGUUAUCGUACGUAUUGUUGGAUUGUGCUAAAGGAAAUUGUUGAAUGCACUUUCCGUUGUAAUGGGACUUUCGGUCGCUGUGUUAAAUAUUUUUGUAUUGAAACACCUUUGGUUGUAUGUUUUUUUUAAAACGGUGUUUUGAACUUUAAACUUCUGACGAAACAGUUUGCUGAAUCAUUCUGGAGGUGAUUUUAAUAAUUUGUUGUUGAUAUUGAUUUUGUGGUUAUGUAU